AUGCCCGUCUUCCACACGCGCACCAUCGAGAGCAUCCUGGAGCCGGUGGCCCAGCAGAUCUCCCACCUGGUCAUCAUGCACGAGGAGGGGGAGGUGGACGGCAAGGCCAUCCCGGACCUCACCGCCCCCGUCUCGGCCGUGCAGGCCGCUGUCAGCAACCUGGUGCGGGUUGGGAAAGAGACUGUGCAGACAACGGAAGACCAGAUCUUGAAAAGGGACAUGCCACCAGCAUUUAUCAAAGUGGAGAACGCCUGCACCAAACUUGUUCGGGCAGCCCAGAUGCUGCAAGCAGAUCCGUACUCGGUACCAGCUCGUGACUAUCUAAUUGAUGGAUCAAGAGGCAUCCUUUCUGGAACGUCAGACUUACUGCUGACAUUUGACGAAGCGGAGGUCCGUAAAAUCAUCCGUGUCUGCAAAGGAAUAUUGGAAUAUCUGACUGUGGCGGAAGUAGUAGAGACUAUGGAGGAUUUGGUGACAUACACAAAGAAUCUAGGGCCAGGAAUGACAAAGAUGGCCAAAAUGAUUGAUGAGAGACAACAGGAAUUAACUCAUCAGGAACAUAGGGUUAUGCUGGUAAACUCCAUGAAUACUGUGAAGGAGCUAUUGCCAGUACUUAUUUCAGCUAUGAAGAUUUUCGUAACCACAAAAAAUUCUAAAAGCCAGGGAAUAGAAGAGGCAUUGAAAAAUCGCAAUUUCACAGUAGAGAAAAUGAGCGCUGAGAUAAAUGAAAUAAUCCGUGUAUUACAACUGACUUCCUGGGAUGAAGAUGCCUGGGCGAGCAAGGACACUGAAGCCAUGAAAAGAGCUUUAGCCUUAAUAGAUUCAAAGAUGAACCAGGCAAAAGGCUGGCUGAGAGAUCCAAAUGCACCUCCAGGGGAUGCUGGUGAGCAAGCAAUAAGGCAGAUUCUUGAUGAAGCUGGAAAAGCAGGAGAGCUGUGUGCCGGCAAAGAACGCAGAGAGAUUCUGGGAACAUGCAAGACGCUGGGCCAGAUGACUGAUCAGCUGGCUGACCUCAGAGCGAGAGGACAGGGUGCCACACCCGUGGCUAUGCAGAAAGCGCAGCAGGUGUCCCAGGGCCUGGAUUUGCUCACCGCCAAGGUGGAAAACGCAGCCCACAAAUUGGAGGCCAUGACAAACUCGAAGCAGGCAAUUGCAAAGAAGAUCGAUGCUGCUCAGAACUGGCUUGCGGAUCCGAAUGGGGGCAGUGAAGGAGAAGAGCAUAUUCGGGGAAUUAUGGCCGAAGCAAGGAAAGUUGCAGAAUUAUGUGAGGAGCCUAAAGAGAGAGAUGACAUCCUUCGUUCCUUGGGGGAAAUCUCUGCGUUGACAGCUAAGCUGUCAGAUCUGCGGCGACACGGGAAAGGUGACUCUCCCGAGGCCCGUGCAUUGGCUAAGCAAAUAGCUACAUCCCUUCAGAAUUUACAGUCCAAAACAAACAGGGCUGUAGCAAAUACCAGGCCCGUUAAAGCAGCUGUCCAUUUGGAGGGCAAGAUUGAGCAAGCUCAGAGGUGGAUAGACAAUCCUACAGUUGCUGAUCGGGGAGUAGGCCAGGCAGCAAUUCGGGGUCUGGUUGCAGAAGGUCGUCGUUUAGCCAAUGUCAUGAUGGGACCUUAUCGCCAAGACCUGCUUGCCAAAUGUGACCGUGUAGACCAGCUGGCUGCUCAGCUAGCAGACCUUGCGGCGAGAGGGGAGGGGGAAUCUCCCCAGGCCAGGGCAAUUGCUGCUCAGCUUCAGGACUCACUGAAGGACCUUAAAACACGGAUGCAAGAGGCGAUGACGCAAGAGGUUUCUGAUGUUUUUAGUGACACCACAACUCCUAUUAAAUUGUUAGCAGUAGCAGCCACUGCUCCUUCUGACGCUCCCAACAGAGAGGAGGUAUUUGAUGAAAGAGCAGCAAACUUUGAAAACCAUGCUGCCAGACUGGGAGCUACAGCAGAAAAAGCGGCUGCAGUUGGAACAGCGAAUAAAACUACUGUGGAGGGCAUUCAAGCAACAGUGAAAUCAGCAAGGGAACUUACCCCCCAGGUUGUAUCAGCUGCUCGUAUCCUCCUGAGAAAUCCUGGCAACCAAGCUGCUUAUGAACAUUUUGAGACCAUGAAAAACCAAUGGAUUGAUAAUGUAGAAAAAAUGACAGGGUUGGUGGAUGAAGCCAUUGAUACUAAAUCUCUGUUGGAUGCAUCAGAAGAGGCCAUUAAGAAAGAUCUUGAUAAAUGUAAAGUUGCGAUGGCCAAUAUUCAACCUCAGAUGCUGGUAGCUGGUGCCACCAGCAUUGCUAGACGGGCAAACCGCAUCCUACUGGUAGCAAAACGGGAGGUUGAAAAUUCAGAAGACCCUAAAUUCCGUGAGGCUGUCAAAGCAGCCUCUGAUGAGCUAAGCAAAACUAUAUCGCCAAUGGUAAUGGAUGCUAAAGCUGUUGCAGGGAACAUUUCUGAUCCUGGUUUGCAGAAGAGUUUCUUGGACUCAGGAUACAGAAUUCUGGGAGCUGUGGCCAAAGUCAGAGAAGCCUUCCAGCCUCAGGAACCAGAUUUUCCCCCUCCUCCUCCUGACCUUGAGCAGCUUCAUCUGACUGACGAGCUUGCUCCUCCAAAACCGCCACUUCCAGAAGGUGAGGUUCCCCCGCCCAGACCGCCACCACCUGAAGAAAAGGAUGAAGAGUUCCCAGAGCAGAAAGCAGGAGAAGCUAUUAAUCAGCCCAUGAUGAUGGCUGCUAGGCAGUUGCAUGAUGAAGCACGGAAAUGGUCCAGCAAGCCUGAUGUGACUGUGAUUAAUGAAGCGGCUGAGGCUGGUGUAGAUGUAGAGGAGGAUGAUGCAGAUGUUGAAUUCACUCUCCCCUCUGACAUUGAAGAUGAUUGCGAGCCUGAGCUGCUGUUAAUGCCAACCAAUCAGCCCGUUAACCAGCCCAUUCUGGCUGCUGCUCAGUCUCUCCAUCGGGAAGCAACCAAGUGGUCUAGUAAGGGGAACGACAUCAUCGCUGCUGCGAAACGAAUGGCGCUGCUGAUGGCAGAGAUGUCGCGCCUGGUGCGGGGCGGGAGCGGGAACAAGCGCGCGCUCAUUCAGUGCGCAAAGGAUAUUGCGAAGGCAUCGGAUGAGGUCACUCGAUUGGCCAAAGAGGUGGCAAAGCAGUGCACUGACAAGCGCAUUAGGACAAACCUCCUGCAGGUCUGUGAGCGAAUCCCAACCAUCAGUACGCAACUCAAAAUUCUUUCCACUGUCAAAGCUACCAUGCUGGGCAGAACCAAUAUCAGCGAUGAAGAGUCGGAACAGGCAACUGAGAUGUUGGUUCAUAACGCCCAGAAUCUCAUGCAGUCUGUGAAGGAAACUGUGAGAGAAGCUGAAGCAGCAUCCAUUAAGAUAAGAACAGAUGCUGGAUUCACUCUUCGCUGGGUCAGAAAGACCCCGUGGUAUCAGUAAAUACUUGCCACAUCGGUAUUGUUUCCUGUAACAUAAAAUGCCUUUUUUUGGAAACAGAAGAGAGAUGUUAACAGCGAAAGGUGCUGUAUACAUGAGCUCACGGGUAGCUUAUGCUAAUGCCCCAUUCUAAGGGUAUGAAUUACAAGAGAAUGCAUUUCAAAUGUCUUUGGAACCCGGUUGAUAUCGAACACCUCGAAAUUUCUUCCGACAGUAGACAGUUCUUAGCCUUUGUUUGCUUUUGAAGAUUCUCCUCAUGAAUCCUGUACUCCCAGAAGCACACAUUUAUGCACUGUAUAUUCCAGUAGUUCCCAUGUGAUGAUAUAAAACAUGGACCUCACUUUAAGCUUGUGUUGAGAGCCUAGGACACUAUUGGUUGCUUGGCAGAUUUUAGGGACAAUCAUUGAUAUAGAAACAUUAACUUCUCAGCAGGAUUUUAGCUGGCUGUUCUUAAACCAUGCAGAAAUGAUGGAAGGUGUGGGGUUUUUAAUUAAGGGCGGGGUGGGCAGAGCAGAACAGUUGUAAAUUGAUGAUUAAAGUUCCAUGUCCAAAACGGUAUUUUUUUUGCUCUUGAUUUUUGCCUGUCAACAGAACUUCUACAGAAACUGGAGCUGCCUUUGUCACCCUCCUGUCACCCUGUAGGCAGGAGCUCUCGUACUGUACUGAAAUGCUUUGCAGUGGUUGUUAGUGGCACGCUGUUGUUGACAGCUGGAGCCUUACAGCCGGAGACCUUAAAUCGUGGAACUCUCUCCUUCUUGCUCAGCUGAGCUGAGAAAGCCUGGUCCUCUUAAGCUAACUGCAUGCCCAGGACCAGAGAAUGCCUCGUGCUGGCUCUUCCCUCUUGAAACCCAAAUGAGCACAUACUAUUAUUAUUCUUUUCCUCCUCUUCCCUCCAUUUAAUGCUAUUCCAGCCUCUCAAGGUGGAAAUUAAAAGAUAAAAGAUGAAAUUAAAGAAGACCUUUUGCCUCGCUGCCCUUGUUCCCAACAAUGCAUAAGCUUUUUGAAGCCCAAGCACCGCAGGGACGUGAAGCCCUCGUUAGGCGGUCUGACGGCAACCCGCAAACGGGGGCUCCUCACGCGAACCGCACUGGGAUGUUUUUACUGGUUUUAAUGCUUAUAGUUUAGAGGCUCAAAAUCUUUUCAAGUUUUAGUAAUAGUGAAUUGAACAAAGUUUUACUGUGUUUUUAACAAAAACCCCAAAUAAAACCCCAAUAAAAAGCUAUAAAAUCCCCCAUGUCAAUUACAAAAAUAGACUUGGGAUGCUUUGAUCCUUUCAUAGUUGAACAUGCCUUCGUAUAUAUAUAAAUACAGAUAUAUAUAGAUUUUUUUUUCAUUUAAUUGCUCCGAAGCCUCUUUUGGCAUUUGACAGAAAGGAGAAUUAUCGUUAAAGCAUAAGCCUCUGUACAUUUGCAAGGAGCGCUUGCAGACUGCUGCCCAGGCCGGCGCUGGCCUCACGAUCCCCUUUUAAUUUGCUGAAAAUUGUUGCAUGAACAAACCACCUUUAACAGAAGUGCCCUUGUGGAAAAACUGCUCAGUCUUAACAGCCCCAGAGACACACAACGUAGUCAGCUGUGCUCUCCCUGUCUGCACCAGUUACUCUGCAGCUGGACUUUCUCCCCUCCGCUCCCCCUUCGUUGCACUGGUAUUGAAAAAGGGAAGUUAACGGAUGUGUAACGCUUCUGCCUCAAAGGGACCUCAGCGAGAGCGCGCGCGUUCGCCUUGGAUUCGCCCCUUGUGUCUGGCUAUCAUGAAGUACGUGGUACUUGAUCUUUCCAUCGUAUUCUCUUCCCGCAGUUACCUGCGGCAGGAGGAGGAGGGAAGGGGUGCCAGAGCCUUAACCUGAAUGUCUUGCGUUCAGUUGGUUUGUACCAGAUCUUUAACAGAACUUUAACGUAGUCAUUUCUAUUUAAUAGUGAAUAACACUGAAUAGGUAGGGGUUAUUUUUAAGGGGUUUUCUAAAUAGUCUUCCUGUAUCACUUCUCAAUGCUCCCCACGUUCCCCCCCCCGCCCCGUUCAGGCUUCUCUGUGAGAUUGUUUUCUUUUUUUUCUAGCAUCACUGUUUAGUUGCUUGACUGAUAUUAAUGCAAUAUUACUAAUGCCUUUAAUACAUAAUUGUUUAUGCCAAAGAUCACUUUCUGUUUACUGAGGAAUGUUUGCAGGAAACUGAUGAAUCAUGGUUGCCUUUGAUAUUCUUCCAGAAUGUGUUUGCUAUAAGUUCUUGAACUGUUUUGUAGAAGCUAAUACUUGUCCACCUUAUGCAGUUACUGCUUUUUUGAACACUAUUAGUCUUCAGACCUGAAAUGCAGCAAAAAUUUGAAAAAGACCAUGAAUGUCACUUAGAAAUGUUUUACCACUAUAAAACUUUGUUUAUAAACCAAAAUGUAUUGUAUAGUCUAACGUUUUCAGCCUUUCUUCGGUUCUGUUAAAACAAUAAAAAUGCAUUUGUACAAAUGUCA